UAAUAAGUUCAGUUUGGUAAUGGCUCCUUGCAGUUGGCGGCUCUCUCUGGUUUUACUAUCUUACUCUUCCCUCUCGAACCGAAUUCUUAAAGAAAAUUCUAUCGUUUUUUCGAUUUAGAACAACGAUAUGGUUAAACCCAAGCAACAAAAGAAACAACCUCAGAAGAAACAACAACAUCCACAAAACAAGAAGCAAGGAAAACAGGAUGAUACUUCUCAAUUUCGGACUCAGUUGGAUGCUCUAGGCCUUCGCAUUGUCGAAGUGACAGCAGACGGUAAUUGUUUCUUCAGAGCCCUUGCGGAUCAGUUGGAAGGUAAUGAGGAGGAACAUCGAAAGUACCGCAGCAUGGUGGUGAAACACAUAUCGGAUAACCGGGAGAUGUUUGAGCCCUUUAUUGAAGAUGAAGUCCCAUUUGAUGACUAUUGCCAAACUAUGGAUAAUGAUGGUACAUGGGCCGGACAUAUGGAAUUACAGGCAGCUUCUCUUGUAACACAUAGUAAUGUAUGCAUCCAUCGGAACAUGUUUCCUCGGUGGUACAUAAGAAAUUUUGAUGAUUUUCAAGUUCACAUGGUCCAUUUGUCUUAUCAUGACGGGGAGCAUUAUAAUAGUGUGCGGUUAAAGGACGAUCCUGGUGAUGGACCUGCAAGGUCAAUUGUAAUUAAGGCUGAUGCCGAUCUUUCAGCGCCAUCAAAUCAAACGAAAGAUAGGGCUAGCAAACCAUAUGCUCAACCUGGUGGGAAAACUUUUCAGCCGGGGUCUGUAAAGGUGGUUAUGGCUGGAAGUGGAUGUAAAAACACAGAAAAAGUGAAACAGAUUCUAGAACAGGUAAAUGGAGAUGUUGGUGCUGCAAUAGAGUUUCUAAUAGCAGAACAAGGUGCAGAAGAGUGCUCUUCAAAUUCUGAUUGUCUUCCUAGUCAGGCUAGUACUGAUGAUUGUGAUAAAAGUCGUGAAAACGAGAAUCAUGAGAAGCGCAAAGAAAACACGGUAGAGGACAGCACUAAUGAUAAAUUGAGCAAUAGCUCCAAGAAAACCAAUGAUAAUAUCAUAUUGCCACCAAAUGACAAGAAGAUUCCUAGAAACAAGGUCUGCCCGUGUGGUUCAAAAAAGAAAUACAAAGCUUGUUGUGGAACUGCGUCGGGGAAAAACACUGCUAAAUUUGUAGUUAACCAAGAAGCUGACUCCAGAAGGAGCAAAAAAGAAACAAAGGGGGUUUCUGCAAAGGCUGAAGUAACGCCUGAUAUGGGUGCACUUUGUAUCUAAACUAAUGAUAAUAAAUCAGAAGUUAAUUUUGUGCUCCCUAAGAGGAGAGAAACUAAUGACAGAAGCACAAUGUCAAACUCGGAGAGGAUAUACAAACUGGUUCUUUUUUGCUCAAUUUCCUUUUUGCAGAAGCACAAUUUCCUUUGUGCUAAAUCAUUUGUAAUUUUUGUUGUUAAAGCAUAUCCUUUUGGGAAGAAUGUGCAAGCCUUGAUCAUACUUUUCUUUCUAUGGGAUAUCUUGAAGAAGAACCAGUUUUGCCAAAAAUAUAGGAGUAAAAGAAAAAUAUCAAUAUCAACAGUUCAUGAUCAAUAUGGUUGUGGUCCUCGUGGAGGUGUCAGUCAGGAGAGGUCACUUGGUUGCAAGGUUACUCUUCAGCCUUGAUGUAACUUGAUCCGAGACAGGCACCGAGAAAAGGAAAAUGCUCACGGUCGGACGUUUAAAGAGUUCUAAUCAGGAGGUCUACGUUUCGAACUCUGGAAUCUAAAAUAAUCACUAAUUUACCUAAACAACAGGCAGUGGCUGGAAACAAAACAAAGUUCAAUCAGAGUUCAUUUGAAUGAUGAUAUGAUUAGGAUUGUUUAGGCGAUAAAUAAUUUAACACUCCAAUUAGUUCUCAUUUACUAGUUCAUUUUGACAUGAUUGACUUGGUUUAAUUUAUACCUUAAGUUAAAGUGUGACAGUAAAUCAAGCAAUAUUUUUGGGUCUAAAAGCCAGCAAGUUUAAGUAGAUCUAGAAAUUUAAUGUGAGAAUAAUGCAACAACUAACAAAGAGCUUGGUUUUA